UCCAGUGCUCCCAGUAAGAGCCGUACUGGGAGGGAAAGCGCUCCCAGUUCCUCCCCGGUGCUCCCAGUAUCGUUCCCAGUGCCGCGCGAGGCGGGGCCGCAUUGGGAGACACCCCAGGGCAAAGCGCGGCUGCUUUUGGGUGUCGGCACCUGCCCGGCCCGGGCUGGGAGCGGAGGAGGAGCGGAGGAAGAGGAGGAACAGGAAGAGGAGGAAGAGAAGGAACAGGAAGAGGAGGAAGAGAAGGAACAGAAGGAAGAGAAGCAGCGGGAGGAGGAGGAGCAGCAGAACCGCGCGGUUUCCCCGCCCGGCCGCUCAGGCCGCAGCUCCCCCGGCUCCAGCAGCAUCACCUAAUCCCCACCCCCGGAACCCACAGGAUUUCCCAUUCCCAAACCUUGACCGGAUAUAGGAAGAGGACAAUGCAAGGAAGAUGGCCCAGGAGUCCCUGGCAGACAAGGAGCAGUGGACAGAGACCAGUGGGGACAGAUCUUUGCAGCAGAACCUCGUGGAAGAGGCUGUUUUGAGUGGCGCCACAGCUCAGGAAUUCAAUGGGGAGGAAAAGCCACGGAGAUCGCGCACAAAGACGGGCUGCAAACGCAGAUCACAGGGAUCCAAGGAAGAAAGACCCACCCUGGGCCGAGGAGGCGGCCAGAGUUUGGAACUGAGGGUCCAUGAGCAGGUCCACAGUGGGGACAAGCUCUAUAGAUGUGGGGAAUGUGGGAAGAGCUUCAGCCGGAGCUCAACCCUGAUCCACCACCGGAGGAUACACACUGGAGAAAGGCCCUAUGAGUGUGGGGAGUGUGGGAAGAGCUAUAGAAACAGCUUUGACCUGAUCAACCACCAGAGGAGCCACACUGGAGAAAGGCCCUAUGAGUGUGGGGAAUGUGGGAAGAGCUUUCAGAGAAGCUCCAGUCUCCUGAAGCAUCAGUGGACGCACACAGGCGAGAGGCCCUAUGAGUGUCCUGAGGGUGGGAAGAGGUUUCAGAGCAGCUCCAGGCUCCUCAGGCAUGAGCGGAUUCACACAGAUGAGAGGCCCUUCCGCUGCCCUGACUGCGGGAAGGGCUUCAAAAAUAACCCUGAUCUCAUCACCCACCGGCGCAUUCACACCGGGGAGAGGCCCUAUGAGUGUCCUGAGUGUGGGAAGAGAUUCACCCAGAGGUCAAACCUCAUUGUCCACAAGAGGACCCACACCGGCGAGAGGCCCUAUGAAUGUGGGGAAUGUGGUAAGAGGUUCAGCCAGAGCUCAGAACUGAUGCAUCACAGGAGGAUGCACUCUGGGGAGCGGCCUUACAAGUGUGGUGAGUGUGGGAAGAGCUUCAGUCGGAGCUCCAACCUCAUCAUCCACCAGAGGAGCCACACAGGGGAACGGCCCUACGAGUGUGAGGAGUGCCGGAAGAAGUUUCAGACCAGCUCAGAUCUCCUCGUACAUCAGCGGAUUCACACAGAUGAGAGGCCCUUCCGCUGCCCCGACUGUGGGAAGGGCUUCAAACUCAACUCCACCCUCAUCACCCACCGGCGCAUCCACACUGGGGAGAGGCCUUUUGAGUGUCCCCAGUGUGGGAAGGGGUUCAAACAGAGGUCAGCCUUGAACCAACACCAACGGAGCAACCACUAAGGGAAGCCCUGCCAGUACCCUGAGUGCAGGAAGAGCUUUGUGUGCUGCUCCAGCUCCAUCGCCCUUGGGAGGAUCCACACUGGAUGAUCCGUGUUGGAAAGGCAUCUGGCUGGGGGCUCUGCAUCCUCCUGGCUCCCUGUGGGGACCUGGUCACAUCUACAAACCAACAUCAGAAAUCCAUUGUGGACAGCAGAUUUGUUGACUCCUGACCCCAGAAAAAUCUCACUUUUUGCAUCUUCUGGUGGCAUCAAGAAACACUGGAUGUCCUUGGAGGUUUUCUCUAACAUAAAUCCAUUGUUUUAAUUCUCUCUGGCCCUUUGGCAUCUUCCACAUCCAAAAUGGGAUGGAUUGGGGCAAAACCCAUGAUUCUGGAGACAGUGAGGUGGAAACGCCUCCAAAAAUGUUUUUUCCCACCCACCCAAGCAUGAGGAUGCUCUGCCAGCAGGGACACAUAAAUCCUUUUUUUGGCUUUGAAAUGAAAAGGUUUCUGUUCAUCCCUUUGAAACCCCUGAAACAGGGGUAAAAAUAAAGACGUUGAACUAA